AAUUUUUUUUCUUUGUAUUGUAAAGUUGGCAACUUUUUUUUGGGAGAUUAUUUAUAUUUUUAUUUUAUUAUUAGAAAAGAAAAUUUUGUAAUUCAAACGAAAGUUCUCUAAAAUGGGGGAAAUGUGUCAAAGUUUAAUUGAAUGGUUCCAGACACUAAAUCUCACUGCCUUACAUUCCACUAAGGAGGAAUUAUCAGAUGGUGUUGCUUUGGCACAGGCACUCAAUCAAUUUGCUCCUGAGUCAUUUACGGAUAUUUGGCUAUCGAAAAUAAAAACAGAUGUGGGGUCCAAUUGGCGUCUGAAGAUGAGUAAUCUGAAGAAAGUAGUAGAGGGUCUGUACGACUACUACAGUGAUGUGUUAAACUAUUCGUUAACAGAAUUUCCACGCCCUGAUGCAAUGCGUAUUGCAGAAAAGUGUGAUCCUAGCGAAAUGGAACGGUUGUUGCAAUUGGUAUUGGGUUGUGCGGUUAACUGUUCAUCUAAACAGGAUUAUAUACGCAAGAUUAUGUGCCUAGAAGAGUCUUUGCAAGCGAAUAUUAUGAGAGCUUUACAGGAACUGGAAUCCAGCUGGCAGGGAACAUCAAUAACAAGAAAUUCCCUUAGUAUAGCGAAUUUUGAUUUUAAAAUAUUGCAGGAAGAACGCGAUCAGUUGGCACAGAAAUGUUAUGAACAAGAAAAGAAACUAGCUUUACUUUCCGAAGAAAAGUCUAAUUUGAAAUCAGAAAUCAAGAAAUUGCAAGAAGAUGUAAAACGUUUAGAGACAACAUCUAAUAUAGGAGACGAUGGUGUAUCCCUGGGACCGGUACAAGCCGGUUCCGUAAGAUAUAAUGACAUGAGACGCCAACUGGACAACUUGAAAGAUGAACUUUUGCAAUCGGAAACAAGUCGCGAAGAUUUAAGGCUCAAAUCCCAACAACAAGAAAGUGAAUUGUUAAUAUUGCAACAACGCAUAGAAGAAAUGAAUAAAACGCAUGCCGAAUUAAUACAAUUAAAGGACGAAGUCGAUAUCUUAAGAGAAUCCAAUGAAAAACUGAAACUAUGUGAAGCCCAAGUUAAUACUUUCAAAAAGAAACUGGAAGACUAUAAUGAUUUAAAAAAGCAAUUGAAGCUAUUAGAUGAACGUAGUGCCGAAUACUUGCAACAAAAUGUCCAGUUUGAAGAGGAUGUCAAAAAGUGUGCUGCUCUUAAAGGUCAAGUAGAACUGUACAAAAAAGAAAUACAAGAACUACACAUAAAGCUAGACAAAGAAAUGGAGAAGAACAUCAAACUGGAGUUUGAGCACAAAAACAUGGAGAGCGCUAUAACCGCUUUAAAUCGUUCCAAAGAUAAUUUGCUAAAAGAAAGAGACAGUUUGAGAGAAGCCAUAGAUGAACUCAAAUGUGGUCAAUUAUCCAAAAGUUUUGAGGCCGUUUAUGGUAAUACCAUGUCCAAAGAGUUGCAACCAUCUGCACUAAAUGAAAAAAUCGAAAGAUUAGAAUUAGAAAACAAAGCCUUGCGUGAGGGUCAAGGGGGCCAGACGGCAUUAAUGCAAUUACUGGAUGAUGCCAACAAGCGUAAUGACAAUCUACGCGAACAAUUAAAAGUGGCAAAUGAGAAAGUUAUGACUCUUACUCAUGCCUCCCUAGGCGAUGUCUCCAAUAAUAGUGGCAAUGAAUAUGGUAAACAAAUUAAGCAAUUAAUGGAACUAAAUGAACAAAAGGCGAUGCAAUUGGAGGAAACUGUUAAUCAGAAUACAGCUUUACAAAAUAAAAUCACCCAAUUGGAAAAUACUCUAACCACACGCGAACAAGAACUUUUACUAUUCGAUACAAAAUAUCGUAAAUGUAUCGAAAGAGCCAAGGAGAUUAUUAAAAAUAUGGAUCCUAGAGUCUCAAGUGUUGUCGAUGCUAAUGUCUUAGAAAAUCUUCAAGAUCCUGAAGAGUUUAACCGAGCAAAACUAUCUACUUUGGAAGAAAAUCUUAUGCUAACCGCUUUCUAUAGAUUGAGUGUUAAUGCUCAGCGUGAUUCUAUCGACUCGAAGCUUGCAAAAUUAAUGGGUCAAGGCCAGACCUUUUUGUCGCGCCAGCGUCAAUCAGGUCCCAGAAAAAAUCUAUCAACAUUAAAAAGCAAAUAGAAAACUGUGUGCUUUUCUUCAAAUUUAAGGUAUUUUUAGUCAUCUGUACUGAGUAUUAAAAAGUUUUCAAAAUUCCGGUAUCAUGUUUUUUUAAUGAUACACAAAUUAUUUUAUUAUUUAAAAAUUUUGAGAAAAAUUAAACUAUUUUCUUCAUAUUCGGACAGUAUUUGUAAAUUAAAAUUUAAAAAAAGAAAACUUGUUAUUUUCAAAGAUAUGUAGAUUAAGCAAAUGGAACAAUAUUUUAAAAUAGAUGAAAUGUCCAGAGGAGUAUUGUUAACUCGUUUCAAAUAAAAACUCUUUCGAGAACAGGUGUAUUUAAUAGGCAAGUUACAACAUUUCUAUUUCAAAGAGAGUUACGGACUAACCCCCCGAAAUUCAAUUCGCGUUUUAAAUACACUUCUAGUAUAUUGCAAAAAACGUGUUUUUAUGUAAUCAUAUAUUUGUAAAUAUCAAUCCUCAGUAUAGUUGCUUUAAAAUAUUUUAAAGAUAACAUAUUUAUAUAUAUAUACUGUAUCAAUGAUGUACACUGAAUGCAUGUUUGUACAUCGUUUUCUUUUAGACAAAUAAGAAUCUACAAAUAAAGCAAAUUUUCCAUAAUUUGUUUUCUUUAUUUUCUAAUUAUAAGUAAAAUCUUAUGUAUGUAUUCAAUACAAAACGAUAAUCAUAAUAUUUAUAGAUAUAAUAAAAUGUAACAAAAAGAUAAAGAUA